CACACGCUCGCCCAGUCCCCGUUUACGCUCCUCCCGCGAGGCGCCUAGAAGCGGAAGCGGGAUCGGGCUGGGGUGUACUUUGGCUCCACCUGGCCUGACGUGGCGCCCGGAAGUGGGGCUGGAGUGGGGUCGUGAUGUUGUCGCAGGAUAGUAAUGAUGACACUGAAGAUGUUGCACUGUUUGAUGCAGAAGAGGAAGCAGCUGCUAGACCCAGAAAAUCCAAAAUCAGACAUCCAGUGGCAUCAUUUUUCCAUUUAUUCUUUCGAGUCAGUGCAAUUGUUGUCUAUCUUCUCUGUGAAUUGUUGAGCAGCAGCUUUAUUGCUUGUAUGGUGACAAUUAUCUUGUUGUUGUCAUGUGACUUUUGGGCAGUCAAGAAUGUCACAGGUCGACUAAUGGUUGGCCUGCGUUGGUGGAAUCAUAUUGAUGAAGAUGGAAAAAGUCACUGGGUGUUUGAGUCCAGGAAGGCAUCCUCUCAAGAGAAUAAAACUGUUUCAGAGGCUGAGUCGAGAAUCUUCUGGUUAGGGCUUGUUGCCUGCCCUGUGCUGUGGGUGAUAUUCGCCUUUAGUGCUCUCUUCUCCUUCAGAGUGAAGUGGUUGGCAGUGGUUACCAUGGGUGUGGUUUUACAAGGUGCCAACCUAUAUGGCUACAUCAGGUGCAAAGUGGGCAGCAGGAAGAAUCUGACCAGCAUGGCCACAUCGUAUCUGGGAAAGCAGUUCUUAAGACAAAACACUGGAGAUGAUCAGACCUCCUGAGGAGAGAGAGAAAGCCUAUGUGUUCUGUUACAUUGGGAGAACUGAAGAGAUUCUUGACUCGGAACAUUUUAGAACUCAGUACAUGUUGCAGAGAGGAGUGUUGGGUUUGUUUGUUCAUUUUAAAAUUUACUUAAAAAAAACCAAAACGUGGUUUUCAUAUUAGGUUUUUAUUUGUAGCAUUUGGGGCUUGAAAAUAUGCUGCUAGAAGCAUUAUCAGAGGUGGGUUCACGGUGUGCCUGUGCGCACACAGUCAUGUAAUGUCCAUGUAUUGCACUUAGUGAAAGUGUUUAUGUUCAUGUACAUAUGUAAUGAAGACCUUUGCAUUUUGAUCCGUAGAACAUAGAAGGAUGUUCUUAAUCUCAUUUCAAAAGUCUUACGUGUUUAUAUAUUAUUUCUGUAGAUUAUCUUCAGAAGUAAGUUUUGUUUCCAUGGUAAGGGUGAGCGCUUUGACUUAUGUAUAAGUUAGAAAUAAUUAUUAAUUUUACAGCUUAAUAUAUACUCAUGAUGAAAUUUCUUAUCCUAAGCAUUCAUAGGCAGAUUAAAACCAAAUUUGAGUCAGUGGUGUGAAGUAGUUUGUAAAAUUUUAUUUAUUUUUAUUUGUAACAAGUCAUGUAUUUUUGUCCCAAUUGAUAUAAAUGAAUCUUCACAGUUUGUGUGUAAGGGAUGCCUAGAGAUUGUUCUAGGCUGUUCUGUUCAUUUUUGAGGAAGGGUAGUCAGACUUUACUUGGAACUUCCUGGAAGAGCUUCAGUGGUAUUUGGCCUAAUGAAAUCUGUCUUUUACCACCAAAAGAGUAUUAUUCUUAUGUCAUAGUAAGAAUAAUCAUUUAAAUAUGUGGCAUAAUAAAUGUCUAAAAGACAUUUUAUUUUAUGAAUCUUUUUCUUGCUGUAGUAGGGAUAUUAUAAAUCAUGCAUUUGUAUUAAUAUUUCUUAAAAAGCAAUAUAUGUAACAGUCUAGAAGCUUAUAGAAUCUGUAAAUUCUCUUGUAGGUAUACUUAAACUUUGCUGGAGUCUUAAUCAACAGAUUAUUUUGUUAGUGUAUUUAUACAUUGUUAAAAAUUUGUAAAAGCUGUUUUGUUUAAUUGGAGUGCUAGCUUUGAAGGUGCAUAACUUUAUAUUUGUAUAAAACUCUACUGUUUACAAAGCACUUUGACACGUGUAGUCUCAUCUGAUCCUCGUGACAGAUCUGUUUUGUGAGACCUUUGUACAGGUGAUGAAAUGGAGCUUCAGGUUAGUGAGUGACUUGCCCAAGGAAACAUGGGUUACAGGAAGAUUCAUUAGGGUACAUUACUGUUUUUAGAGGAAAUACUUGUCUCUAAUGUCUUUUUAUUCUUUCUUAAGAUGUGUGAAAGAAAUAUUGAUUGAUUGCCUCUCUCAUGCCCCCAACCAGGGAUCUGGCCCAAAACCUGGGUGUGUGCCCUGAUUAGGAAUCGAACCAGCAACCUUUUGCUUUGCUGUAUGAUGCCCAGCCAACUAAGCCACACUGGUUAGGGCUCCUUGGUAUUUAUUUCAAUUUAUUUCAAACUUAUGUCCACACAAAAACCUUCACAUGGAUGUUUACGGCAGCUUUCCUCAUAGUUGCCCCAAACUGGAAGCAACCAAGAUGUCCUACAGUAGGUGAAUGAAGAAACUUUAGUCCCUCCAGACAGUGAGAUGUUAUUCAGCACUAAAAAGAAAUGAGCCAUCAAGCCAUGAAAAGAUAUGGAGGAACCUUAAAUGUAUAUAUUAGUAAGUGAAAGAAGCCAAUCUAAAAAGGCUGCAUAUUGUAUGAUUUCAGCUGUAUGAUAUUCAGAAAAAGGCAAAACUAUGGAGACAGUAAAAUUAUCAUUGGUUGCUAAGAAUUGGGGUGGAGAGGGGAAUGGAGCAUAGAGGAUUUUUAGGGCAGUAAGAUAUUCUGUGUGAUAUUAUAAUACUGGGAUGAUGUCAUUAUAUGUUUGUCCAAAUUCACAGAAUGUACAGCACCAAGUGUGAACCCUAAGGUACAGCAUGGACUUAGUGUGAUUAUGAUGUGUCACUGUAGGUUCACUGAUUGUAACUAGUGUUGGGGACGUUGACAACAGGGAAGGCUGUGGAUGUAUAGAGUGUAUGGGAAAUUUUGUAUCACCCUCUCAAUUUUGUUGUGAAUCUAAAGUAGUCUAAAAAGUAGUCUUAAAAAAUACCAGAAGAGAUUUCAGAUCAAUAGUCUAAUCUUUCACCUCAGGAAACUACAAAAAGAAGAGAAAGUAAACCCAAAGGAAAGAAAAGGAAGGAACUGACUAGGAAAAAAGACUAAAAUGACUAAAAUCAAUGAAAGAGGAGACAUUGCCACUGAGGAAAAACAAUCCUUACUGAAUACUUUUGUGAAGUAAAUGGUUGUCCCAAUAGAUCAUAAAGCAUUUUAUACCUAUUUUGUGGUGUUAACAUUGUCAUAUAAGCAUUCAAACAUUGUGCUUUUUCCAAAAA